CUUCUGCGAGCCACACUCGGCGCCCGCCUGCCCGCCGGGGUCUCGGCGAUCGCUGCUCCUCCUCCUCCUUUUUCUCCUCCUCCUCCUCCUCCUCCCCCCGCCGCCUCGCCACCGCCGCGGCUCGGGCUGGAGGCGCCGCUGUCAUUCCUACGGCGGAGGAGCCGGCGCUGCCUGUGCCUGGGGGUCGGGGCGCAGGCGAGCCGGGCCGCGGGGAACCCAACAGGUAGAGCCCGGGGUGUCCGGCAGCGCACCCCCACACGCAUCAUGCAGCUCUUUGUCACCUCUCUCGCCCCCAGGCCAAAAUCCUGAGCAUGAUGGAAGACAAUAAGCAGCUCGCGCUCCGCAUCGAUGGGGCGGUCCAGUCGGCCAGCCAGGAGGUGACCAACCUGCGAGCCGAACUCACGGCCACCAACCGGAGACUGGCGGAACUGAGCGGCGGCCCCGGCGCGGGCCCUGGGGCCGCGGGCAGCGCCUCGGCGGCGGCGGCGGACUCGGCGGCAGCGAGCAUGGAGAACCAGCAGCUCGGCGCACAAGUGCUACUGCGAGAAGAAGUGUCCCGGCUCCAGGAGGAAGUGCACCUUCUCCGGCAGAUGAAGGAGAUGUUGGCCAAGGACCUGGAGGAGUCGCAGGGCGGCAAGGCCUCCGAGGUCCUCUCGGCCACCGAGCUCAGGGUCCAGCUGGCCCAGAAGGAGCAGGAGCUGGCCAGAGCCAAAGAAGCCUUGCAGGCCAUGAAAGCCGACCGGAAGCGCUUGAAGGGCGAGAAGACGGACCUGCUGAGCCAGAUGCAGCAGCUGUACGCCACGCUGGAGAGCCGCGAGGAGCAGCUGCGCGACUUCAUCCGCAACUACGAGCAGCAUCGCAAGGAAAGCGAGGAGGCCGUCCGGGCACUGGCCAAGGAGAAGGACCUGCUGGAGCGUGAGAAGUGGGAGCUGCGGCGCCAGGCCAAGGAGGCCACGGACCACGCCACGGCGCUGCGCUCCCAGCUGGACCUCAAAGACAACCGCAUGAAGGAGCUGGAGGCUGAGCUGGCCAUGGCCAAACAGUCCUUAGCCACCCUGACCAAGGACGUCCCCAAGAGGCACUCCCUCGCCAUGCCGGGCGAGACGGUGCUCAACGGCAACCAGGAGUGGGUGGUCCAGGCCGACCUCCCGCUGACCGCAGCCAUCCGGCAGAGCCAGCAGACACUCUACCACUCUCACCCCCCACACCCCGCAGACCGGCAAGCGGUCAGGGUAAGCCCUUGCCAUUCCCGGCAACCCUCUGUCAUCUCUGAUGCAUCCGCCGCCGAGGGCGACCGGUCAUCCACGCCGAGCGACAUCAACUCCCCGCGACACCGGACACACUCCCUCUGCAACGGCGACAGUCCCGGCCCCGUUCAGAAGAACCUGCACAACCCUAUUGUACAGUCACUAGAGGAUCUUGAAGACCAAAAACGGAAGAAGAAGAAGGAGAAGAUGGGAUUUGGCUCCAUCUCGCGCGUCUUCGCCAGAGGGAAGCAGCGGAAGUCCCUCGACCCCGGCCUCUUUGAUGACUCGGAUAGCCAGUGUAGCCCCACGCGGCAGAGCCUCAGUCUGUCGGAGGGAGAGGAACAGAUGGACCGGCUGCAGCACGUGGAGCUGGUGCGGACCACGCCCAUGUCCCACUGGAAGGCGGGCACCGUGCAGGCCUGGCUGGAGGUGGUCAUGGCCAUGCCCAUGUAUGUCAAGGCCUGCGCCGAGAACGUCAAGAGUGGGAAGGUGCUGCUAAGCCUGAGUGAUGAGGACCUGGAGCUGGGCCUGGGUGUGUGCAGCUCCCUGCACCGGCGCAAGCUCCGACUGGCCAUUGAGGACUACCGCGACGCCGAGGCAGGCAGGAGCUUAUCCAAAGCGGCCGACCUGGACCAUCACUGGGUGGCCAAGGCUUGGCUGAACGACAUCGGCCUGUCCCAGUACUCCCAGGCCUUCCAGAACCACCUGGUUGACGGGCGGAUGCUGAAUUCCCUGAUGAAGCGGGACUUGGAGAAGCACCUGAAUGUGUCCAAGAAAUUCCACCAGGUCAGCAUCCUGCUGGGGAUCGAGCUGCUGUACCAAGUGAACUUCAGCAGGGAGGCUCUCCAGGAACGCCGGGCCCGAUGCGAGACCCAGAAUACAGAUCCCGUGGUUUGGACCAACCAGCGGGUACAUAAGUGGGUGCGAGACAUCGACCUGAAGGAGUAUGCAGACAACCUGACCAACAGCGGAGUGCAUGGUGCCGUGCUGAUGCUGGAACCCACGUUCAACGCUGAGGCCAUGGCCACCGCCCUGGGCAUCCCCAGCGGGAAACACAUCCUCAGGAGGCACCUGGCUGAGGAGAUGAGCGCCAUCUUCCACCCGGCCAAUUCCACAGGAAUCCGGGAGGCUGAGCGCUUUGGGACGCCCCCCGGGAGGGCCCCCAGCAUCACCAGGGCAGGAAAGGAAGAAAACAGUGGUAGUACCAAGUACAAGUCCAGCCGGCUGCCUCUGGGGAAGAUAGGAAGGGGCUUCAGCAGCAAAGACCCCGACUUCCACGAUGACUACGGCUCCCUUCAAAACGAAGACUGUGGUGACGACGACCUCCAGGGCAGGCCCGAGCAGUGCCGGCUAGACGGCUACAACAGCCUGGAGGUCACCAACGUGUGAGGUCCCCAGGGCUCAACCAGACGCUACCACGGAGGGAGAGCUAGGGAGAG